ACCAGUUUAUCGUAGUCCCGAGAAUACACGGAAGUGCUUGUGGCAGCGUUGACUUGGGCCAAACGUAGCCCUAGAGAUAAGCGCUUUUGCGAUAAGCAUGGCUUAAACUGUAGUGCCGCAAUCGCCGCUGCUGUUAUUGAGAACCAUCUCUGCGCAACAUAUUCAUUCAUUCCCCCCAAAACCAACCGUUAAAUUCACCUCUCUUUUCCUAUCUUGCUUCAUUUCCAUUGAUUCAGAUUCAGUGUUUUCCCUUUGCUAAGAAUGGGGAAGCCCACAGGGAAGAAGAAGGGCAGCGCUACUCCUACUCCUACUCCUACUCCGAGUGGUGCAAAUUCGCACGCCAAGUCCGUGAAACCUUCGAAAGCAUUCGAUGAAGACACGGCACUGUUCAUCAACAUGUCGCAAGAGUUCAGGGAAGAAGGUAACAGGUUGUUUCAGAAGAGGGACAACGAGGGCGCCAUGCUCAUGUACGAGAAGGCACUGAAUCUGCUCCCCAAGAAUCACAUCGAUGUGGCGCACCUUCGUACGAGCAUGGCCACGUGUUACAUGCAAUUGGGUCUCGGCGAAUACCCUCGCGCCAUUCACGAAUGCAAUUUGGCGUUGCAAGUGUCGCCCAGAUACAGCAAAGCUCUUCUCAAAAGAGCCACCUGCUAUCGUGCGCUUAAUCGCUUCGAUUUGGCGCUCAGAGACGUUCACCUUGUCUUGGGAAUGGAGCCUAAUAACCUCACCGCGUUGGAGCUUCUCGACAGUCUCGCCAAGUCAACGGAAGCCAAGGGAGUCUCUGUUGAUUACAAGGAGGUGCCUUUUGAUGCUCUUCUCCACUUUACUCCUCCUUCGCAGAAGCUCAAGAAAAAGAGAGCUAAAAAAAUUGAGGACAAGGUGGUUGUGGAGGAAAAAGUGAAAAGUGUUGAGGAUAAACAGGUGGUUUCUGGAACAGUUGAACAGGAAAAAAGGGUGGAGGAAGAAAAAUCGAGUGAUGAGGUUGUGAGAAAGGACAGUGGGAAGCCAAGUGAUGAGGGUGUGGAAGAAGGAAAAGACAUAGAUGUGGCGAAAAGGAUGAUUAGUGUGGAGGAAGAAAGACCUGUCACAAGGACUGUGAAGUUGGUGCUUGGAGACGAUAUAAGAUGGGCAGAGUUACCUGUGAAUUGUAGCGUGAAGUUAGUGAGGGAUGUAGCUAGGGAUCGGUUUCCGGGUUUGAAGGGUGUUCUUGUCAAGUAUAAGGAUAAAGAAGGUGAUUUGGUUACAAUCACUACUACGGAUGAACUAAGGUUAGCUGAAAAAUCUGCUCCUCAGAAGGCAUCUUUUCGGCUUUAUAUUACUGAGAUCAAUCCAGAUCAAGAACCUUCUUAUGAUGGAACAACGACUAAUGGGGAUGAGGCCCAAAGUGGAGGUGGAAAACCGAGUGAUGGUGUUGAGAAUGGGAGUGUGGAAGAAGGCAAAGAUAAAGAUGUGGCGAAAAGGAUGAUUACUGUGGAGGACUGGCUUCUCCAGUUUGCAAGGCUGUUCAAGAACCAUGUAGGGUUUGAGUCUGAUUCUUAUCUAGAUAAUCAUGAGGUUGCAAUGAAGUUGUAUGAAGAAGCAAUGGAGGAUACGGUGGCAAGCAAUGAUGCUCAAGAGCUUUUUGGAAUUGCUGCAGAUAAAUUUCAAGAGAUGGCUGCUUUGGCAUUGUUUAAUUGGGGGACGGUUCAAAUGUCCAGGGCAAGGAACCAGGGUUUCUUUUCGGAGGACGUGGCAAGAGAAUCUUCCUUGGUGCAUAUGAAAGCUGCGUAUGAGUUGGCGCAGAAUGAGUACAAGAAAGCAGAAAUGAGAUAUGAAGAAGCCUUGAAAAUCAAACCUGACUUCUGUGAAGGAUAUCUUGCUCUUGGGCAUCAGCAGUUUGAGCAAGCAAGGCUCUGCUGGUAUUAUGCAAUGGCAUGCAAGAAGGACUUAGAAGCUGGCUUUUCUGAUGAGGUUCUACAACUCUAUAACAAGGCAGAGGACAGCAUGGAGAAAGGCAUCUUGAUGUGGGAGGAGAUGGAGGAGCAGCGUUUGAAUGGAAUAUCCAAAUCAGACAAAUGUAAAGAACAGUUAGAGAAAAUGGGCUUGGAUAGUCUUUUCAAAGAUAUUUCUUAUGAUGAAGCUUCAAAGCAAGCUGCAAAGAUGAGGUCUCAGAUACAUCUUUUAUGGGGAACCUUGUUGUAUGAACGUUCUGUUGUGGAAUACAAGCUUGGCCUUCCUACAUGGGAGGAAUGCUUGGAGGUUGCAGUUGAAAAGUUUGAACUAGCUGGAACUUCUGCAACGGAUAUUGCUUUUAUUGUAAAGAAUCACUGCUCAAAUGAAACAGCACUUGAAGGGUUCAAAAUUGAUGAGAUAGUACAGGCAUGGAAUGAAAUGUAUGAUGCUCGAGGGUGGCAGUUUGGUGAUCCAUCAUUUCGACUUGAACCAUUGUUUCGUCGGCGUGUUCCUAAACUCCAUUAUAUCUUGGAGCAAUUUUAAGUUUUCUUCUUGAGUUUGGAAUUCUAUGAGGCGUGGAUUCUUUUGUCUUCAUAUUUUGAAGCUGCUUUGACCCCAUUCUAAGACUGGAUUUUUUCUCCUCUCCAUACUGUUGUUUAGGUCAUUGUUCGGUGCUGUGAUUGGAUUAUCUAUUCUUAUGCCAGUUUUGUACAAGUUGGGUUUUAGGCUAGAAAGCCUGGUUAUAUAUAUUUUUUGCUCCUAUAUUCUUUACAGGUGUGCGAGUAUAUUGGGCAAUAUGAUUUGUUCAGUUUGCAACCAAAAUAUGUAUAAAGAUUUUUUCAUACGUGGAGGCAGGCUUGUGAGUUGUGAUUAAUAUUAUCAUUGUCAUUGGUACGUGGUAACAAUUCAUGGAUAUCAAAUAGCAUUUUGCACUAUCACACUAUUCAUUUUUAUCAUAAGUUUCUUUCGCUUGUA